UUACCGCGACACCACGACACUUCGACGGCGAUUUACAUGCCUACCCCUGUUUGGCGCCUUCUCACCUUUGCUUUUCAGGGGUCAACCCUUCCCUAUCCGGGAUACUUAACCCAUGGGGUCCACACUCGCCGCCAACCGUAACGCAAUUCUUCUAGCGCCGCAGUCUCGGCGCCUCACGGUCUUGAAUCCUCAAUUCAGCUGCUCCAAGGCGUUGCGCAGCGCCUCACCGACCGGUCACCGCGCGGCACAGGCAACGGGAUGGAGAAAAGCAACAAGGGCGGGGAGCCCUUCAGGCGGCCACCCACGUCGCCCAAAGGCCAUCUCAGAAAGAAGGCGCGUUGGCAGGCGCCCCCGCGGCCGUUUGACUCGAAGUCGGAUGAAGACGGCGCGCCGGAGCCGAAGCCCCUCUUUCUCGGUGGCUACGCCGUUCAGCAGGCGCCGUCGGCGGCCACCGAGUUCAAGAUUCGGGGCAGAGGCAGGUCUCCCGCUGCGCCCAAGUCUGAGCCCGCCUGGGAGGAGGACACCUCGGAAGCACCGUCGUUCCGGCGCCACGAGAGCGCUUUCUUCUCCGCUGCAGACAGCAUUUUUGCCCAGGUGCAGACCAUCAAGACGGUCGUCACCCAGAGCGGCUACGCGCUGAGCCAUCCCAUCGCGAGAGCCGCCGAGAACAUCAACGCCCAGUUAUGCCGCCUGAGCGGCGUCUGCCGCGCAAUGUGCGGCGAGAUUCAGAGCAUGGCGGCCGAUAUGGAGCAGCUGUCGGCGCAUGGGGAGGGGUUGAGACGGGAGCUCGACGCGGCCACUUACAAGCUCGACUACGCGAGGAAGGACUUCGCUGAGCAGGCCCAAGACCUGAAGUUGGCGGCAGCCAAGGCGGAUGACGACGUGCGCCGGCUAAAGCUUGAGGUCAAGGAUCUAAACGCCAAACUGAAGAGUCUUGAGGGCAGUUAUCGCUCAAUUCAGGGGGAGCGGGCGAAGCUCGCGGCGGAAAAGCUGAGUCUCGAAGCUUCGGUGCGAGACAGGGACGCGGCAGUUGAGAAGGCGACGGCCGAGUGCUGCAGAUUGCAGGUCCUGGUGCGAGAGAGGGACGAAGAAGCCGAAGAGCUCAAGUCGGAAAAUCUAGAGCUGCGCGGCUUGGUGCAACAGCGAGACGCGGAAAUCGCAAGGGAGAAGGCCGACAACACCAGGCUCCGUAGCCUCAUUCUCGAGAAGGAGGCACAGAGUGCUACGCUGAGCGGCCUACCCACCACGCCGCUGUCACCACUAGCCCCGCCGGCGCCCUUCUCGUUCCCGACGAGCGAUAUGAUUCAAAACCUGCCAAGACCAGCCUUCCCUUGGCCCCCCGGGCCUCCAGAUACUUACAUCAAGCAGGAGGUUCCUGAUCAGGUUCCAGACCAAGCAGCCUCAUCCGUGGCUUUCACUCCCGAGGAAUGCGUGGCAGGCCAGCCCAUGCACCUACCGGAUCCCGUCCAACAGCUCUAUCAGUUUGGCGCGGGUGUAGCAGAACUCCUCGGCAGACUCUUCCGCGUCGACUGCCCGGUUUCCUCCAACGCCGCAUUCAUCGGCUUCCUCUCACGGCUGGGCGCGGCACCAGCUUCACACCUCAUCCACACCAACCCGCCCCCAACUGCUUUCUGGUCGCUCGAGCCCUCGUGGACGCCUCUCCCGGCGACGCCUCCCACCUUACCGCCGACCCUCGAGGAGAGGUUCACCCUUCUCUGUCUCCUCUUCCCCUUCCCAAACUCAAGCAGCCAAUCCUCUCCACCACCCGCCGCUGCCAACCCCGCCAACGACGACAACGGCCAGCGUGACAGCGAAACGACCAGCUUCCAGCUUCUCGCCUCUCUCCUGACCGCCCUCAUAAAGGCAGACCACAGCGCCUCGCCGCGCGCAGGCCUGGCCUUUUUGAAGACCAUGUCGGUGCUCAGGCAGCAGCAGCAGCAGCAACAACAGCAGCAGCAGCAGCAGCUCAUCCCACCCACAGCCGGACAAACGCCACCAGGCCCGAAAACAGGGGUCCUAGGAGGAGCAGCAGCCGGAGGCGCCGUCUCGGUGUCGGCAGGCAGCAGCAGCGCCGCCCACGCCCGCACCAUGCUCUUGUCCAUCGCGCUGUGCGAGCUCUGCCGCGUGCUGGAGCGGACCUACGCGGGCGCGAGCUCGGGCGUGGUGGCCGCGCCUGCCGGGCAGGGGCUGCAGGACUGGUGGUGGGCUGUGUGCGGCAUCGGCAGCGGCGGCGGCAGUGGCGGUGGCGCGCAUGGCACGACGUCGCCUCUCUUGGCGCUGGCGGAUGCGCUGGAGUAUGCGAGCAGCGGUGGUGUAUCAGCUACAGGCCAUUGGGGGGAUUCGACAGGGAAGAGGGUGAGGGCGGAGAUGGUGAGGGAGAGGCUUGCGCGGGACUGCGGUGACCACUUCUGCGCGUGCGCCGCCUCGUUUCCCGCUUCUUCUCUGGAGUCGCCGCCGCCCUUGGGGUCUUCUUCCUCCUUCUCCUCUUCUUCUUCCCGGCGCCCACGGGCGGGUAGCAGCAGAACAAGUUCCCAUGACACCGGGUCGACUUCAACCCCUGAAAGCGGGCCCGGAGGGGAGAGGGAGAGGGAGAGGGAAAUUGGGCUGCUGCACUGCGGAGACGGCACCGGCGGCGGCUGCUUCCUGGUGCUCGAUUUUUCCCAAUGCAGCCUGCGGCUCGUGGACUGCCGGCUGGCCGACAUGAAGCCGAACGCGGCGGAGCCGAGGAAGUUCGACUUGACUGUCUCGAGGGCGAGGGCGAGGGCGGGGAGGGGAAAUGAUGGGGAGAAGGACGACGACGAUGACGAGGAGGGGGAGUUGAUGAGGGUGGCGGCUGCGCGGCGGGAGGCGUCGGCGUUUUGGCUGAGGUACGCCAUGGCGGACGAGUAAUGAUUGUGCUGCGCGCGUGGUCGGCGGAUGACAUGCGGUUGGGGGGUCAUUUGCUUCCAGGUUGUUUAUCCAGCAAGGCAUAAGUGAGGCCUUGACA